CGAUUGAGUUGUACGUGACAGACGUGAAAUGUAAAUAAAAACAAACCAAAAUUAAAUAAUUAAUAAAGAAUCAAUUACAUGUAUAUUUUUUUUUUUUAAUUUAAAACUUGAAGAAAUGUUUAUGUUAUAAACAUGAGCGGAGUUAAAUUGGAAGUACAAUGGUGUCCAAGUGAUCCAAAUAAAUUUAUUACUUGGGGCACUGAAUUAUAUUUGUAUGAAGUACAAAAUUUAAAUAAUGUAUCAGCUCCAUGGAUUAAAUUAUCACCAACAACCGGUGCGAAUCUAUUAGCUACAAACUCAAAUCAUCAGUAUGUGAAAUGUGUGGAUAUUUAUCCACAACAAGGUUCCGAUAUUUUACUAGCAAUUGGUCAAGCUAAUGGUAAAGUUGUAUUAACCACAUUUGGUCCAAGUAAAUUUGAUGCACUUGGUAUAUCCGGCAAAGAUUUUGUACCACGUCAUGCACGUCAAUGUAAUUCCGUACUAUGGAAUCCGAUCGAUAGUAAUUUAAUUGUAGCUGGUUUAAAUAAGGAUCGAUCCGACUAUUCGAUAUUAUUAUGGGAUGUAAUGAAAUGUCCAUUUGCAAAUGAAAAUUCCAGUUCUCGUUUAAAUUCUGGCGCACAUCAUCAUCAUGUUACACCAACAAUGGAAUUUAGUCGACCAAUUAUGGAAAUUGGUAUGGCUGAAGCUGCAAUGUCAUUGUCGUGGUUUCGUACACAACCACGUACAAUGGUGGCUGGCAUGAAUAUGAAACAGUUGAAAAUUUUCGAUUUAAGAGAUCCCAGUAAAAUUGUAAGCACAACAAUGACUAAAGCAGUGUAUGGAUGUGUAGUGGAUCCAAAUGAUGAUCGGCAAAUUGCAUCGUUUGUUGAUAAUCAAAUAUGUGUCUGGGACCUUAGAAAUUUCGAUAAACCAGUUUUAACAUCUACACAAAGUAAAUAUGUGCACAAAAUUCUAUGGUGUCCAACAAGAAAAAAUCUUUUAAGCUCGUUACAACGAGAUAAUUCCUUAAUUCAUCUUCAUGAUAUCCAGCAUGUUGUAAUUGGUAAUGAUGAUGUAGAACAAGCAAUGCUAGAACGAAGCAUCGUCCCAGGAGUUUCGCAUAAUUUGACGUCGUAUUCAUGGCAUCCAACUGAUGAAAAUCGCCUUUUAACGAUUGCUAUGUCUGGUGUUAUUUCUGAUUAUACCGUGUUCGAAAGAAUAACAUUAAAUUGGGCGCCAAGUCCAAAUUUAGUUUGGACACAUGGGAAAAAAACAUUUAAAUUAAUAAAUAAUCCAGAUUUUGUAUUUAACAGCAUUGGAGACAUUUCUGUUAAAAUACGUACACGUUCAUUAAAAGACUAUGGUCUUAAGACUGAAUUAUGGAAAAAUGCUGAAUUAGCUGAUGAUCCAAUGUUAAAAAGUUUAUGGGAUUGGUUAUAUUUAAGUCGUUGUUUAGUGGAAGAAGGUAGUUUAAAAGGCACAGGUUCAAAACAUCCUGGUGUCAAAUCUAUAUUAAAAUCUGACGCAUCUAAUCAAAAUAAUAAUAGCACCUGCGAUGUUAUACCUUGGACAGAUGUUGGAAAUGCAAAUUGCGUUGUUAAAGUUUAUAGGAGUGAAGAACGAGAUAAAGCAUUAUAUUUAUGCGGUUGGCGUUUUGACAAAGAUUUUAAUUAUCUAAAAUUAUUCUUAGAACGAUUGGAAUUAGAUAAUACAUUUUCAAAAGCAGCUACAAUAGCUGUAUUUAAUUUAAAAAUUCGUUUAGGUAUCGAUAUUUUAAAUCGUGGUGCUGAAAAAACGAAUAAUCAAAAUUUAAGUAUGGUAGCAAUGGCAUUAUCUGGAUUUUCUGAUGAACGUAACUCAUUAUGGCGUCAAUUUUGUCAUACUAGUUUGAAAAACUUAAAUGACCCGUACUUAAGAGCAAUGUUUGCAUUUCUCACAGCUGAUGAAUCAUACGAUCUCGUUUUGAAUGAAAGUGGAGUAGCUGUUGAAGAUCGGGUAGCAUUUGCAUGUAUUUAUUUAUCAGAUAGUAAAUUAUCCGAAUAUUUAAAACAACUUACUGUGUCACUUACUGAAGAAGGAAAUCUAGCCGGAUUAUUAUUAACAGGUACUACAAGUGAAGGGUUGAAUGUACUUCAAAAAUAUUUAGACCGCACUGGAGAUGUUCAAAGUGUAAGUCUAAUCGCAAUAAGAGCAUUCCCUGCCACACUCUUAAAAGAAUUAUCUGUCCAAGAAUGGAUUACAAGCUAUAGGAAUUUACUAGAUGCUUGGCAUUUAUGGAAUCAACGAGCAUUAUUUGAUAUUGAACUAAAUUCUGGAAAUUUAACUGAAAAACCACCUCAACAGGUUUAUGUCUCUUGUAACUAUUGUGGUAAAAGUAUAUCAGCAUAUAUGCAAGCUAUUAAUCGUGGUCGAGGGCCAUUUGCGCGUCUUGGAUCGAGUACAAAUAAACUAAAGUUAUCAUCUUGUCCAAAUUGUCGGAAACCGUUACCUAGAUGUGCAAUUUGCCUAAUGCAUAUGGGAACAGCGUCUAGUUGCUUAGAACAUCUUAGUAGAAAUGAAGAUGACAGUAAAAUGGUGGAAUAUUCAUCAUGGUUCACGUGGUGUCAAUUAUGUAGACAUGGAGGGCAUGCUGCGCACAUGACUAAUUGGUUUAGAGAUCAUGCGGAAUGUCCAGUUACUGCUUGUUCUUGCAAAUGUUUUUCAGUUGAUUCCUGCUAAGAAGAAACCAAAAUUAUAUUAAUUACCUGUAUAUUUA